AUCGCACGUUGAGGUUAUGUUGCGUUUCGUGACUAGAAAAGCCGGCCUUUCGCUCGCUCCUCGAAUUACUUAUCUAAGCGUACUCGGGACAUUGAAGUAUUUAGAAUAUCUAGAGCUUAGGGUAUUUUUUACUUCAGAGUUGCUCAGUCUGACUCUGAAAAAGUCCCUGUAAUUGCCGGCUCAUGUGCCGCUCCAUUUAUUCAUACCUGCUAAAUUCAACUGCAUCAUGCUAACGUACAUUCAUUGCUAUCGCCUAACAUGAUUGAUGCCGGUAAUGAUUGUGCUUGGAUAUGAUUAGAAACCUGAGUUUUUAUCGUACUGUCAAGUUAUAUAAACACAGACACUCUUCUAUACGCAAACAAGUGAAACAAGUGACUGAUAAAAUAGAAAUAUUUCCUGGUACAACUAUGUGUUCGAUUUCUAACGACCGGUAUGGUUACGCGUGUGGUAAUCCCGCCAAAAGCGACAUGGAUGCGUUCAAAUUCACAAACUAUGAUUGCAUCGGUUUCGACCUGGAUAACACGUUGUUGCGUUAUAACGUCACGAAUCUAGUGUGCAUGGAGUACGAGAUGCUAGCCAGAUACCUGGUCGAAAUACGGGGAUACAACGAGAAUCUGUUAAAACCACUGACGGAUGAUGACUUGGACUUCAUGCAGAAAGGGUUAUUGCUGGACAUGGAAAGGGGAAACGUGCUUAGGAUAAGCCCAGAUGGUGUUAUUCGCAGAGCAUGCCAUGAUACGGAUUAUCCCAGCUAUCAAGCAACAAUUAAAUCAACUAAGCCGACCUGCUUGGAAAGAUAAGAAACGCACUUUCAAAACAAAAUAUGCUCAGCAGCGACAACAGGAAGGCCUUGCAGCUGUAGAAAAAAUUUUAGAGAAUAGGAAU